GCGGAGAUUCCCAAGAUGGCGGCGCUGACUGAGAGGGGGUACGUGCUGUCCUGCGGGCGCCUCGGCCGCGGCACACGAAUCUCUGUCUUCCACGUCAAGCUGACCGAUUCGGCCCUGCGAGCCUUUGAGGCCUUCCAGGGACGCAAGGAUUCUGUGGGUUUGAAGCCAUCAAUCCAGUUUCAAGGAAGCCAAGGGCACAUCUCAAUACCGAGACCAGACUGCCCAACAGGAGUUCGGACAUUUUCCUUUUAUCUCUCUAAUAUUGGCAAGGACAGCCCUCAGGGGAGUUUUGAUUGCAUCCAGCAGUAUGUGUCCAGCAAUGGGAACAUUCAGCUGGAUUGCCUUGGCAGCGUCCAGGACAAAAUCACAGUCUGCGCCACCGACGAAUCCUACCAAAAGGCAAAGCAGAGCAUGGCCCUGGUGGAAGAGGAAACACGGAGCCGGGGUGCCAUUGUCAUCAAACCUGGAGGGCGCUACGUUGGAAAGACCGUUAAGAUGCGUAAGCCUGCACCAGGGGUUUCCGACACUGUUCCCUCACGGAUACGCCCAACACCUGUCAACCUCGCCAGCGCCAUCAAGAAGGGCAACAGUGCCGUCUCCCAGAGGCCUUUCAAAGAUAGGGUGAUGCACUUGCUGGCUCUCAAGCCUUAUAAGAAACCAGAGCUCCUCCUUAGGUUGCAAAAAGAUGGCCUUUCUCUGCAGGAUAAGGAUUCCUUGGACAGCCUCUUGCAGCAGGCAACGUUGGUCUGUUCUUUUCCCAGGAAACUCUUCCAGCCACAGAAUCCCAGCUGCAUCCCUGAGAAUUCUGCUCCCAGUCCUCCACGGGACACCGCACACGUUUCCUCCUCCCCUCCCCAGAAGCGAUCCCAGCCCCUGGACUUUAUUGACCCCCUCGCCAACAAAAAGCCAAGGAUCUCUCACUGUGCCCAAAGGACUCAGCCCACUUUCAACGGCAAACUCAACUCUGCCAACGGAAAGGAGACUGCUUUGCCCACAAUGGUGGCGGCUAAUUCAGUUAGCUCCAGCUCUCUUUUGCCCACUCUGGAGCUACCCAGGCCUCAUGACCCGCUUGCCGAUGUCAGCAACGAUCUGAACCACAACGGCAAAGACUUUGAGAUGUCGGAGCCGGCCGAGAGGCGGACAGCAAGCCGGUCGGCCGCAGACCCUGCCCAGAUGAGCAAACACAAUUGUGCGCCACACUCAAAAUCCAGGAAGAAGAAACAUAAGGAGCGAGAAAGGAAGGAGGAGCAGCAACAGGUCCACGAGAAGCCAAACUGUGAACUAAAGAAGGGUGGCUCCAAAAUGAGCCCCUCGCAAGACAGUGCAGGUUUAAACAGGACAUGCAACAGCUCCAGUGUUCCAUCUUCUACUUCAGGCAGGCCAGACUACUUGCUAAAAUACGGUGCCAUCUCUUCCUCGGAGCAACGUCAGAGCUACAAGAAUGAUUUCAACGCGGAGUACGGCGAGUAUCGUGACCUGCAUGCUCGUAUUGAGCGGAUAACUCGACGGUUCAUGGAGCUGGAUUCAGAACUAAAGCAGCUUUCUCAGGGCUCGGAAGAAUACAAGACUAUCCAUGAUCAGAUCUUGCAAGAAUACCGAAAAAUUAAAAAGACUAAUCCAAAUUACAGCCAGGAAAAAAACCGCUGUGAAUAUCUCCACAACAAACUGGCCCAUAUCAAAAAACUCAUAGCUGAAUACGACCAACAGCAGAUUCAGUCUUGGCAUUGAGCCUGGGGGCUGAGUGAGACACCCAGAUGGACGUCAACCUGUGAACAAGUCCCACAGCGAGGGAAAAGUCACUCUCAGCUUCCUGGGCUCAGUGACUCCAGGAUUUAAUCCCCGUCAGAAGUCCAUCACUGUACUGUACACACCCAGGAACCAAUGUGGCUUAAUCUCAGCAUUUUAAACUCUGUCUCUUCCCAGAUAUUAAAAAAAAAACCCAGUUAAAGAAAGGAAAGUUUGCUUAUUCUUAGAUGCCAGCAAAUGAACCUUCCUCCCUAAAAAUUGACUGUACUUAUUCUCCCCACCUUCCACUGCAGGUUCAGUUUUAGAGUCGGAAACAAAGAUUGUCUGAGUUCUGUUGCAAAUUCUACCAGCUGGAGGGGGAAAAGCUCAUAUUCCUGGGGUGGGAGGGAACAACUCCAUAUACAAACCUGUCUGUCCACUGUCCAUUAAAUUCUUGCAUAACUCACUGCUUUCUUGUUUGUAUUUCCGCAAUCUCCCCGCUUUCCUUCCUGGCUAGGGUUUAGUGAGCCGAUCAGGAGCCAGAUGCUGCUUUAAUGUCCCUAGCAUGGCUGGCCAUUGUCAGAGAAGUUUGUUCAACUUUCCUGCCUUCUCUAUGCAGCAGCUUAGUUUUAUGAAUUUCCAACUGCCCAGACAGAAUCUGUAUCUGGGCAUUCAUUUUAAAAGAGGGGGAUCUUAAGAAUGAGGAUCCCCUGUUUCUGUGAUCAAGAUGAAGAGUCUUGUUUCACUGGGAAUGAACCUCAGACCUUUCUGUGGUCUUAUUUGGUGGGACCUUUGACCCUCCCCUUAUAUGGGGGGUGGCAUGGCAAAAUGUGGGUCUGAGCUCCCAUUUUUUUUAACUGAACUUCUCCAAAGGGAACAGCACAAAAUCAAAGGUCCUACUAGAGAGGAUGCUUUGUUUCUGAAGAAUAUAUCCAAUUUGGUUUUUUUUCUCUGUUUGAUUCCUUUCCCCCUCCCUCCCCCUCCCAAAAAACCCCCAAGAGUUCAGGCAGAGGAUUAAAAAGCACAAUUCUGCAUCUGCCCCCUUUUUCUCCCCCACCCCCCACUUUCUAAUUUUUGUCGGUGUGAUUUUCCUCUUCUACAUCUGCUGGAAUUAAAAGUGGGGAAGGUAUGAAGAAAAAUUUUGGCUUUGAACAGUUUUUGUGAAAUGGGCUGUCCAGACCCUCCUGGUAAGAGUUUUGAAUUCAAAGCAUCUCUCAAUUCAAGUUUGAGACAGAUGUUUUGACCUUGUGACAGGGCCGUUCCCCAGAAUAGAUGGAGCAAAAGUGUUUUGAAUUCAAAAUGUUUUCCUUGCUUCCCCCCCCCCGCCCCCCAAAGAUAGAAAUGGUGUCCAGCCUGAGGUUGCCACUCUUCCUCCUGAUCUUUUCGCUCCAGUUAAAUCACCCAGAAUUUUAAAAAGCAGCUUUUGUUUGCAGUUUUUCCGCUCUUGACAAUUUUUGCGGUAUGGUCUGGCAGAGACGGGAGGGUUAUUUGCCAAACACUUAAGAUAAGGCUGGCUUAGGAUAAGAUUGGGAGCUCUCUUAUCUUCUGCUUGUUUGUAAACAGAAAUAUAUUUCUUGUGCUGUCCACUCUGAGCAGGGGCCGUGGAGAGGAGAUUAUUUUCAAAGCAGAGAUGCUAAACACGACAGUAACGGAGCAGAUGGGACUGGAUGAACCCAGGUCUAGGCAUAUUACUCAGGCAUUCGCUUCCAUUUUCUUCCGCUGCACUUUUGGGGUUAGAUUGAAAUACAAGCAUUUUAGCUUCCGAGGACUUUCCCAAACGCCAGUGGGACCUGGCCUGAAACCGAAGUCAAAUACUCCUGUUAUAAGAGCUUUAAGACUUCACAUCCCGCUCUUAAUUUUUGCAGUUGUGACUUACACAGGAGGAGGGGUGUGUGUUCAGCUGGCAAUUUGUGUGUUGUCAUGAGGUGCCAUUUCCUGUGAAACAAUGGUGAUCAGUUUAUGAGGCAUUGGCCAUGGCGGGAGGGGAGCCGCAGUGUUCGUAUCCUAUACAGGACUGAGACUUCAGUCUUGUGUGCUCCGUGUCUGUCUUCCCAUUCAUCGGCACUUGCAACUUCUGACAAUCCUAAAUCCAAGCCUUAGCCAUUCUAGGUCUGGGCCAUCAUUGAGAAAGCAUAGCAACGUUACAAGGGAAUCCGGUUUAUGACCAAAAAAAGAGCAUUUGGGUCUGUUUCCUAAUUUCCUUGAAAGCUUUUAAUGGAGGUAGGGGGCAUAGGGCAAAACACCAUCUAAAUUCCCUUAACUAAGGAACGGUGUGAAACGGAAGGGCUGUAAGUUGACUGUUCUCUC